UGGUUCAAAUAUGAAUAUUGUUAUGAACUUCAUCAAAACUUAUGUUUUUGUGCUUCAUAUUUUUAUUUGGAGUUAUUAUGGGGCAUAAUGUACAUAAUUAAUUAUAGUAGGAACCGUUCAUGCAGAAUACUGUCUUGUAUGGGGCACAUAUUGGUGACGCACAUGAUACCUCGUGCGAUUGGCCUACAGCGCCAUCUUUAGAAGCACAUAUGCUGCUGACGAGGUCGGUUGUGCUGUCUCUCGCUCUUCAAAUGAGAGCGCUGCUUCCUCCAUGCUGUACGGGCAGACUGAAGGGGAGAGAAGGUGUAUCCCAAAAAAAUUUAAUUGUGCUCUGUGUGUUUCUGCAGACCUGCUUUUUGCAGAAUAAAACAUCCUGAGACCUCCUCCAGCCGCAUUGUCUUCAUUGAGAACAACAAAACACAACCAGAGUAAACCUGUUACAUAAAAUGGUGCCGUGACCUACUGGAUCAACUGGAUCAGCCGCAGCCGAUCGCCGGAGUUGUUCAACGUGCUCGUGGUGUCUGAAUGCUGCAUGUUGAGACUGAGGAAUCGAUUUCACCACUGUUCUGGUAACUAAAUAAGGGACAAGACCUUUUCUGCGGACUGACACUUUGCACUGUAUUUUUUUUAUUUUUUAUUUUUAUUUGUUUUCUCAUCAUACUUAUCAGACAUUAUCUGAGGGUUGUUUUCUUGUGUAUUUAGUCUACCACUGUUGUAAGUGUACACUAUGGCUGGGGUAAGGAAAGACUUUGAUAUGACGACACCAUAUCUGGGUAGAGGCAGAGGGUUGUUGGGUGUAGAAAAACCUGUUGUUGGUAAACCUAGAGUGUUAGUUUAUAGUCCUCAAUCACAUGAUACCCUACCAGACCAACCUAUUGGGCCGACUGCUUCUACUCCUAGUGACGCAAAUGAUAAUGUUACACAGCAGUUACGUGAACUCAUUGGAGAAUUAGGCAGUCAAAUAGGGGAUUCCAUCGUCACCCGGCUAUUAAGUAGUCAAAGCCCAGUCACCCCCUCCAGUUCAGUCCCAUUCAGUUCUGUUGCACCUGAACCAUCUAACGCAGGCCGAAAUCUUACUAAUGUUAGCCUCAUAGUUAAGCCUGAUGUCAAAGAACCCCCAAUGUUUAGAGGAGAUGGAACGGACAAAUACACAGUUCUAGAAUGGAUUGAGUUAAUGGAAUUGUAUCUCCACAAAGCAGAUUGUUCUGACAAAGAUCAGGUAGAUGAGGUACUGAGCCAUCUGCUAGGCAGGGCCCGGAGUAUCGUAAAGGUUAGACUCAAAAGCAGCCCUGAUGAAGCCAUCUCCCCUGAAACCAUCUAUGAUGUGUUAAGACGUUACUUCAGUGAAAGCCCUGGAUCAUGUCAACCGCUAGCUGACUUUUAUGCGACACAACCCAAAGUUAACGAGUGCCCUGUUGAUUACUGGGUCAGAUUAAAUGCAGCUGCUGAGUUGGCAGACAGCCAUUUGCAGAAACAAGGUGAAAAGAUGAAAAACAUGAGUUCUGAAAUUGCUAUGAUGUUCAUCAGAAACUGUUCAGAACCGAAUCUCUCUAGUAUGUUUAGGUGUAAGCCCAUCAGUAAAUGGUCAGUCACGGAAAUCCAGGAGGCCAUUGAUGAACACCAGAGAGAAGUCCAGUCUAAAAAACUGUCUGCUGUAACACAUGACGUUAACACUGUCCAAGUCGCAGCAGCUAAAGUAUCAACUGUCCCCAUCAAUGUCACCAAUCAAUAUAGUAUGAAGGCAGAUGCACCUGUUUACGUCCCUGACACUCCUUUGAAGGCUUCUGACCCUGCAACUUCGGAAGCUGGCACUUUAGAGCGUGUUUUAAGUAUGCUGGAAAGGGUUUUGGAGCGUACCAGUCAGAAUGCUCCCGUCUCACAGCCGAGAACAACUCAGUGGCGCAGCUAUCCCCCGUGCAGAGUUUGCGGUGAUAGGAAACAUUCCACCCAUUCACAUUGUAUGAGAGAAAGGAGAUGUUUGAUGUGCCUGGAGAUUGGGCAUCAGCAAAAGCAAUGUCACAAGGUCGUCGGGCCUUCUAUUCCAUCUGCUUCUGACCCGCAUGCUCAGGGAAACUAACACACUCACAUAAGGGAGGGGACUAUGUGAGUGGGGAGUGUCAAACCCUCAAUGUGGAUGAUGAUUUAUUUGUUUAUGAUGAAUGUUGCAAGUCUGUCUCCAGUAACAGUAUCGUCUUAUUCCAGAAUAUCUCAAGGUUGGAAAAGGCUGAUAGUCUGUUCUAUACCUCAGUUCUGUUGAAUGACAAACUCACAGUCCAAGCUCUUCUGGAUAGCGGAUCCAUGGCGUGUACGAUCAAUGAAGAAACAGAGCGUGAUCUUUUGAACAUGGGGAUGUCU